AUGGCCGCCCUUCCCACCCCUAUCUUCACCACCUCCAAAUGCAUCGUGCGUCCCUACGCGCCCUCGGACGCCGAGGCCAUAGCUCUCGUGGCCAACGAUCCGCGCGUGAGAGCCACCAUGCGCGACCGCUUCCCGUCGCCCUACACGCUCGCCGCCGCCGAGUUCUGGAUCGAGCACAGUAACUCCGCCACGCCGGUCCUCAACUUUGUUGUCUGUACCCCGGACAACGUACCCGCGGGCGCCAUCGGGCUGGAGGCGGUGCCGCACGCCGACAACGACGUCGCGCGCGGCACCCUGGAACUAGGCUACUGGCUCGGAAACCGGCACUGGGGCAAAGGGAUCAUGGGGGACGCCGCACGGCAUUUUGUGCGCUGGGCGUUCGCCCAGUUCCCGGACUUGGUGCGAAUCGACGGCAGCAUCGUCGAGGGGAACGCGGGUAGCGAGAAGGUGCUACUCCGUGCUGGCUUCGUGAAGGAGGGCCUCAAGCGAUGUGCCAUCACCAAGAAUGGGAAAGUGUCUGGUGAGGUGAUUUUCGGGCUGAUCAGGCAGGACCUGGAGGGUGAGGGUGUGUCGGGUAGUGCAUGA